UGUGUGUGCUUGGGAACCAGCAGCCUCUCCCGGACAGGCAGUGGGACACCAUGAGCCUCAGUGAGGAACAGGUGCAGCAGUUCCUCGACCAGAACCCCGGCUUCUCGGACGAGUACUUUGGGAAGAAGCUGAGCCCCGAGAAUGUGGCUGGCGCCUGCGAGGAUGGCCAGCAAGCAGCCUGCACCAGCUUCCGCGAGCUGUGCCAGGUGGAGGAGAGUGCAGCCUUGUUCGAGCUGGUGCAGGACAUGCAGGAGAACGUGAACAUGGAGCGGGUGGUCUUCAAGAUCCUGCGACGCCUCUGCACCAUCCUGCACGCCGACCGCUGCAGCCUCUUCAUGUACCGCCAGCGCAACGGUGUGGCUGAGCUAGCCACGCGCCUCUUCAGUGUGCAGCCCGGCAGUGUCUUGGAGGACUGCCUGGUGCCCCCCGACUCUGAGAUCGUCUUCCCGCUGGACAUUGGGGUUGUGGGCCAUGUGGCUCAGACCAAGAAGAUGGUGAACAUCACGGACGUGACAGAGUGCCCCCACUUCAGCUCCUUUGCUGAUGAGCUGACCGACUACGUGACAAAGAACAUUCUGGCCACACCCAUCAUGAAUGGCAAAGAUGUCGUGGCUGUCAUCAUGGCCGUGAACAAGCUCAACGGCCCAUGUUUCACAAGUGAAGACGAAGACGUUUUCUUGAAGUACCUGAAUUUUGGCACAUUAAACCUGAAGAUCUACCACCUGAGCUACCUUCACAACUGUGAGACCCGCCGCGGCCAGGUGCUUCUGUGGUCAGCUAACAAGGUGUUUGAGGAACUGACAGACAUCGAGAGGCAGUUCCACAAGGCCUUCUACACUGUGCGGGCCUAUCUGAACUGUGACCGGUACUCGGUGGGCCUCCUGGACAUGACCAAGGAGAAGGAAUUCUUUGACGUGUGGCCUGUGCUAAUGGGAGAAGCCCAGCAGUACUCAGGCCCACGCACACCCGAUGGCCGUGAAAUCGUCUUCUACAAAGUCAUCGACUAUAUCCUCCAUGGCAAGGAAGACAUCAAGGUCAUCCCCACACCCCCAGCGGAUCACUGGGCCCUGGCCAGUGGCCUUCCAACCUACGUGGCAGAAAGUGGCUUUAUCUGUAACAUUAUGAAUGCCCCCGCCGAUGAAAUGUUCAAAUUUCAGGAAGGGCCUCUGGACGACUCGGGGUGGAUCAUCAAGAAUGUCCUCUCCAUGCCCAUUGUCAACAAAAAGGAAGAGAUUGUGGGGGUUGCAACAUUCUACAACAGGAAAGACGGGAAGCCUUUUGAUGAGCAGGAUGAAGUCCUCAUGGAGUCCCUCACUCAGUUCCUGGGCUGGUCGGUGCUGAACACGGACACCUACGACAAGAUGAACAAGCUGGAGAACCGCAAGGACAUCGCCCAGGACAUGGUUCUGUACCACGUGAGAUGUGACAAGGACGAAAUCCAGCAGAUCCUGCCGACAAGGGAACGCCUGGGGAAGGAGCCUGCUGACUGUGAGGAGGAUGAGCUGGGGACAAUCUUGAAGGAAGUGUUGCCGGGGCCCAACAAGUUCGACAUUUAUGAGUUCCACUUCUCCGAUCUGGAGUGCACAGAGCUGGAGCUGGUCAAAUGCGGCAUCCAGAUGUACUACGAGCUGGGCGUGGUCCGAAAGUUCCAGAUCCCUCAGGAGGUGGGGGUGGGGGCCCGUGGUGAAGGGUCCCAGAUCCACUGGGAGGUGGGGGGCUGUGGUGAAGGGUCCCAGAUCCACUGGGAGGUGGGGGGCCAUGGUGAAGGGUCUCAGAUCCAUUGA